AUGUCGAAAGUUUAUCUUCUUGAUUACGUAGCUGGAAAUGUGCGUAGUUUGGUCAAUGCCAUCGAGAAGGUGGGAUACACUAUUGAAUGGAUAAAGUCUCCAGAGGAUGUUCCAAAGGCAGAUAAACUCAUUCUUCCCGGAGUAGGUCAUUUUGGUCACUGCAUGACUCAAUUCUCCUCAGCCGGUUACCUCCCCGCUAUACGAAAACACAUCGAAUCAGGGAAACCUUUCAUGGGAAUUUGUGUAGGUUUACAGGCGCUUUUUGAGGGAUCUGCGGAAAAUCCGGCGGUUCCUGGGCUUGGAAUUAUCAAGGCGACUCUCGAUCGAUUUGACGAUAGCUCAAAAUCUGUUCCACACAUUGGAUGGAACAGCGCGAAUACAUCUGGUGAAGAAGUUUACGGACUGAGACCCAGCUCUAAAUAUUAUUAUGUUCAUUCAUAUAAAGUUCCAUAUAAGCAAGGAGAAUUGGAAAGUCAAGGUUGGACUGUCGCGACUGCUCGCUAUGGUGAUGAAGAGUUUGUUGGAGCAAUUGCAAAGGGGAACAUAUUGGCGACACAGUUUCAUCCCGAGAAGAGUGGUGUUGCUGGAUUACGAGUGAUCAAGGCUUUCUUGGAUGGAAACAACACUAGUAGCGCCGUUGAAGGCUUGGUAGCCGCUAAAGAGGGUCUCACUAGAAGAGUCAUUGCAUGUUUGGAUGUGCGAACAAAUGAUCAAGGAGAUUUAGUGGUGACGAAGGGUGAUCAAUAUGAUGUGCGAGAGAAGACAGAUGGAGGAAAUGUACGAAAUCUCGGCAAGCCGGUCGAAAUGGCUAAGAAAUACUACGAACAAGGGGCAGAUGAGGUUACAUUUCUCAACAUUACGAGUUUCAGAGAUUGUCCGCUUGUAGAUGUACCCAUGCUCGAGAUAUUACGACAGACAUCAAAAACAGUCUUUGUUCCAUUGACAAUUGGUGGUGGUAUUCGUGAUACCGUUGAUACCGAUGGUACGAAGGUUUCAGCAUUAGAAAUCGCAAAGAUGUAUUUCCAGAGUGGAGCGGAUAAAGUAUCUAUUGGAUCGGAUGCGGUAACAGCUGCAGAAGAGUAUUAUUCAAGAGGAAAGAAAUUGUCUGGAACUACAGCUAUAGAACAAAUAUCCGGCGCUUAUGGCAACCAAGCAGUAGUUGUCAGUGUUGACCCAAAGAGAGUAUAUGUUUCGAAACCUGAAGAAACGAAGCACAACACAGUACAAACAAAGUAUCCAGGGCCAAAUGGCGAGAAUUAUUGCUGGUAUGCAUGCACGAUUAAAGGAGGUCGAGAAACCCGAGAUAUGGACGUGGUUGAGUUGGUAACUGCAGUUGAAGCAAUGGGAACGGGAGAAAUCCUCCUGAAUUGCAUAGACAAGGACGGAACAAAUAGUGGUUUUGAUUUGGAACUUAUCAACCAGGUAAAGAAUGCUAUUAGCAUACCAGUCAUUGCUUCUAGUGGAGCUGGAAAUCCAGGCCACUUUGAAGAGGUUUUCUCAAAGACUUCCACGGAUGCUGCUCUUGGAGCUGGUAUGUUUCACAGAGGAGAAUAUACGGUUAAGCAAGUCAAGGACUCUCUUGCUGAAAAGGGGUUGAUGGUUAGACAGUUUGAGAGCGAUCUCUAA